AUGUAUGCAACACAAGGACUAGCAAUGCAAGGUCAUGGAACCUCUUCAGCACAAGAAAAAGUGCCUAAUGUCAUUAUUCGUGAGAUCAAUCACACGCAUGCUGAUUUUAUCUUGGAAAAUUGCGAUCUGAGUCUUGCAAACUCGCUUCGCCGCACACUUAUUGCAGAUGUUCCCACAGUUGCUAUUGACAUGGUCGAAAUCAGUGUAAACACGACAGUGUUGCCGGAUGAGUUCCUUGCACAUCGCCUAGGCAUGAUUCCCCUUUUGAGCAUGGAUGCCUACAAAGUGCUUAUUGAUCAGCGCGAUUGCUCUUGUGAGGACGGUUGCGAUCGCUGCUCUGUUGAACUUACGCUCGAUGCUCUCUGUACCUCAGAUCGUGGUUCAAUGUCUGUUACGUCGAAAGAUCUCGUGCGAAGCAAUACUAUCGCGAAUAUGUACUCAGAUGAAUCUAUGUUCGGCCCUGUCGCACCGCGUCACCCAGACUUCGGCAAGCCAGUCGGCCAUGAUGACCCAAAUGCUAAUGGUAUUGUGAUCGUGCAAAUGCGCAAAGGACAGCAAAUCAAGGCGCGGUGCAUUGCUCGCAAGGGUUUUGCCAAAGAACAUGCAAAGUGGUCUCCUGUAUCAGCUGUUGGUUUUGAAUAUGACCCACACAACACACUGAAGCAUACGACUUUAUGGUAUGAAUUCGAUGCGGCAAAGGAGUGGCCAGUCAGUAAGAAUGCGCGUGAGGAAGAGCCUCCUGCAGAGGGUGCGCCAUUUGAUCCAAAUCUACGGGCUUCUCGCUUCUACUUCGAUGUUGAAUCUACAGGAAGUUUGCAUCCUGCCGAAAUUGUAGAAACGGGACUUACCCUUCUCGAGUAUAAAACAGCACAGAUUGUGCAAGAGCUUGGCAUGCUAUUUCAGCAAGCUGACGUUAAUGCUUCCGGAGCAGCUGCCGCAAAUGGCGUCUAUGAUCCGUAUAGUGGUGCCCCUGUGGGAGGAGCGUCGUAUAUGUAA